AUGCCCCCCUCCCCCGUGGCUGGCGCGCAACGGAGCGGCGGCUCCAGCGCAGGCGCCAUGCUUUUCCCCUCCCCCGUCUGCAGCGCACGCAGCUGCGGUGUGGCGCUCCAACCGACCUCGCUUGCCUCCCGCAGGGCCACGCUGUCGCCCCAGGCCGCUACAGCCGCGGGCCACCCGUCGCGCCCCAGGCCCCAUCCCCGAUGGUGCCUGCUUCGCUGCCGUCACCCCUUGCCCCAGUACGGGCGACGCCGGCAGCCCCGUCGGCCCUGCGUGGUCGCCUCUUCAUCUGCCCUGUCUGCGGCUCUGCUCGGCACCUCGCCCUGCCCGUGGCGCGUCGCCUCUUCCUCUCCGUUGCGGCCGGAUCUGGUGAGACCUCACCCUCUACUCCUCUAUUCCAUGACUGCUCCCCCAGUUCCUGCAUCCCUCCGUGUUCUCCUUCGUGCAGGUGACUGGCUGAUGCGGCAGCGUGCGCUACCUCGCCCUCUACAGGGACGUCCAAAAGGUGUCACUCCCAAGUACAGCUUGAAGCCUCUUGUCCCGCACUUGUCUGAGCUCCUUGGAGUUAAUGUUGUUAUGGCCAAUGACUGCAUUGGUGAUCAGGAAGUUCAGAAGUUGGCUUCUUCUUUACCAGACGGAGGUGUUCUGCUUUUAGAAAAUGUUAGGUUCUACAAGGAGGAAGAGAAGAAUGACCCUGAAUUUUCCAAGAAGCUGACAUCUGUUGCUGAUCUCUAUGUAAAUGAUGCCUUUGGUACGGCACACAGAGCCCAUGCUUCAACAGAGGGAGUUACCAAGUAUUUGAAACCUGCUGUGGCUGGCUUCCUUAUGCAGAAGGAACUUGACUAUCUUGUUGGUGCUGUUGCCAACCCAAAGAAGCCAUUCGCUGCAAUUGUUGGUGGAUCAAAGGUGUCAACGAAGAUAGGGGUGAUUGAGUCUCUAUUGGCUAAGGUUGACAUCCUCAUGGAUAUGCUGUAG